AGCUAUGUAGAGGAGGAGGAGCAGCUUUGCAAAGAUCUUCAUCUUGGACGCAGAGAUUCUUUGUGUGGAGGAAGGAUAGAGAGAGAGAGAGAGAGAAAGAGAGAGAGAGAGAAAGGUGCUUACCAGGGGGAAUAUUAAAGAAGGAAGGAGACAAGUGAGGAAGAUCUCACUCAGUCACCCAGCAGAGCAGCAGGCAAGGCGAGCCGCGCCCGGAACGCAUCCCAGCAGCACGCUCCGCUCCCCGGCUUAGAGCAUGGCCAGUACGAGCAAAGCCACUUUAAUCUUGCUCGUCUACGGGAUCUUAAUGCACUACGGCGUCUUCUGCACACCCCUAGGAUUAAGUUACCCCAAAAUUAGGCUGGACGACAACGACGCCUUCGAGGACGGCAAUUCUCUAGGCGAGCUGGGCUUCGACGGCGACCACCUGGCGAUACGCAGCGCCGCGUCCUUGAACGACGACAACUACGCGCUCUAUUACCCCCCCGAGAAAAGAGCAGAAAGGCAUGCUGAGGAGGAGUUAGAUAGAGCCUUGAGGGAGAUCCUGGGUCAGUUAACAACGAGACAUUAUCUGCAUUCUCUGAUGACAAUUCGUGCAGGCGAGGAUGCCAGCAUGGAGGACGAAGUAGAACCUUUAUCCAAGAGACAUUCAGACGGGAUUUUUACCGACAGUUACAGCCGCUACCGGAAGCAGAUGGCGGUGCAGAAAUACCUGGCAGCGGUUCUGGGACGAAGGUACAGACAGAGAGUCCGGACUAAAGGACGCCGACUCGCCUAUUUGUAGUCACGCAGGCUUGUGUACACUAAAUUAUUAUUAUUAUUAUUAUUAUUACGAGGACCCCCAUCAUUCAGAUAUAGCUGCAGUGGAUUGUGCCUGUGUUCUUUCAACAUGUAUUUAUGUAUGAAGUCAAGCCAUUAAAAUUAAUAUUUUAUUAAUA